AUGGAGGUUACUACAGCGCAAGCGUGCGGCGGUGUAUCAGACAGUGUGGGUGCUGCAGGCGGUGUAUCAGACAGUGUGGGUGCUGCAGGCGGUGUAUUAGACAGUGUGGGCGCUGCAGGCGGUGUAUCAGACAGUGAGGAUGGUGCAUUCGGUGUAUCAGACAGUGUGGGUGCUGCAGGCGGUGCAUCAGACAGUGUAGGUUCUGCGGUCGGUGUAUUCGUCAGUUCGGGUGCUGCAGGCGGUGUAUCAGACAGUGAGGGUGCUGCAGGCGGUGUAUCAGACAGUGCGGGUUCUGCGGUAGGUGUAUUCGUCAGUUCGGGUGCUGCAGGCGGUGUAUCAGACAGUUCGGGUGGUGCAGGCGGUGUAUCAGACAGUGAGGGUGCUGCAGGCGUUGUAUCAGACAGUGAGGGUGCUGCAGGUGGUGUAUCAGACAGUGAGGGUGCUGCAGGCGGUGUAUCGAACAGUGCGGGUGCGGGUGCUGCAGGCGGUGUAUCAGACAGUGCGGGUGCUGCAGGUGGUGUAUCAAACAGUGAGGGUGCUGCAGGCGGUGUAUCAGACAGUGAGGGUGCUGCAGGCGGUUUAUCAGACAGUGGGGGUGCUGCAGGCGGUGUAUCAGACAAUGAGGGUGCUGCAGGCGGUGUAUCAGACAGUGAGGGUGCUGCAGGCGGUGUAUCAGACAGUGAGGGUGCUGCAGGCGGUGUAUCAGACAGUGUGGGUGCUGCUGGCGGUGUAUCAGACAGUAAGGGUGCUGCAGGCGGUGUAUCAGACAGUGCGGGUGCUGCAGGUGGUGUAUCAGUCAGUGUGGGUGCUGCAGGCGGUGUAUCAGAGGUGCGGUGUAUCAGAGGUGUGAGUGCUGCAGGGGGUGUAUCAGACAGUGAGGGUGCUGCAGGCGGUGUAUCAGACAGUGUGGGUGCUGCAGGCGGUGUAUCAGACAGUGAGGGUGCUGCAGGCGGUUUAUCAGACAGUGGGGGUGCUGCAGGCGGUGUAUCAGACAAUGAGGGUGCUGCAGGGUGUGUAUCAGACAGUGAGGGUGCUGCAGGCGGUGUAUCAGACAGUGUGCGUGCUGCAGGCGGUGUAUCAGACAGUGAGGGUGCUGCAGGCGGUUUAUCAGACAGUGGGGGUGCUGCAGGCGGUGUAUCAGACAGUGAGGGUGCUGCAGGUGGUGUAUCAGACAGUGAGGGUGCUGCAGGCGGUUUAUCAGACAGUGGGGGUGCUGCAGGCGGUGUAUCAGACAGUGGGGUGCUGCAGGCGGUGUAUCAGACAGUGAGGGUGCUGCAGGCGGUGUAUCAGACAGUGAGGGUGCUGCAGGCGAUGUAUCAGACAGUGUGGGUGCUGCUGGCGGUGUAUCAGACAGUGAGGGUGCUGCAGGCGGUGUAUCAGACAGUGCGGGUGCUGCAGGCGGUGUGUAUCAGACAGUGCGGGUGCUGCAGGUGGUGUAUCAGUCAGUGUGGGUGCUGCAGGCGGUGUAUCAGAGGUGUGAGUGCUGCAUGGGGUGUAUCAGACAGUGAGGGUGCUGCAGGCGGUGUAUCAGACAGUGUGGGUGCUGCAGGCGGUGUAUCAGACAGUGAGGGUGCUGCAGGCGGUGUAUCAGACAGUGAGGGUGCUGCAUGCGGUGUAUCAGACAGUGAGGAUGCUACAUGCAGUGUAUCAAACAGUGUGGGUUUUGUAGGCGGUGUAUCAGACAGUGCGGGUGCUGCAGGUGGUGUAUCAGUAUGUGUGGGUGCUGCAGGCAGUGUAUCAAACAGUAUGGGUUCUGCAGGCUGUGUAUCAGACAGUGCGGGUGAUGCGGCCGCUGUAGACGCAGUUUACGCUAGUGGAGACAACAGCGAGCGCAUUGUGAUGAGAUGGUCUCCAGUGUGUAUUUGA